AUGUCACUUGACGAAGAAGACCAGAACAGGUUUACAGAGCAAGAACAGAUUAGUAUUGACGCACCAUCCACCUUAUUAGAAAGAAAGAGACGAAAACGAAAUUUUGAAAUGGGUAAAGAACUUAGUUCAGACCAAAAAGCUAUUGUCAAAAUGUAUGUAACCCGCGGUGUUUCAGAGGGAGUAGUCAAGUGCUGCUAUUGUGACAAGGAAAUAUCGUCACGCAAUGUCGAUCGAUGGGCUUCACAUCUUCGUGGAUGCGUGAAGACUCCGGAAGAUGUGAAGGCUCAAAUUCAGCCAUUUCGAAGCAAUUCGUCAGCAACCAGUGGCUCCUCAACUUCCGAUCAAUCUUUGUCACAGUCUGCGAAAAUAGAGGUCCCGACCACUGUUACUGCUGAGACUGUUACUUCUGCUGCUUCCUCGACAGUAUCUGAAGCACCGACUGGUGCUGUUGUCGUACCCUCUUCUCUUAUGCCGUCGACACGCAAUGCCGUAGGUAGCGGAUAUACUGAGGUAUUCAAGGUGCACGUAUCGAAGGAUUAUAUGAAAUUCAACGCAGCCCAUUUUAUUGCUUACAAGGGAUUCAGAGAGAAGCUGCACGGACACAAUUACCGACUAGCUGUUACGAUUGUUGGACAAGUUGGUUUAGAUGGCUACGUAGUGGACUUUGGUGAGAUUAAGAAGAUUUCACGGGUUAUUUGCAAGGAUUUAAAUGAAUCGUUCCUUGUGCCGAUGAACAGUGAUGCUCUAAAGAUUUCCUUUGAUGACACAAAUGUACGCAUUAUUACAGAAGACAUGGCCGAGUUCAGUUUUCCAAAGUCAGACUGUUCUCUACUGCCAAUUGUGCAUUCGUCAGCAGAAGAGCUUGCCAUUUACAUUAGCAAUCAACUUGUGGAUGCUUUUACGCUUGUUGCAUUAUUGGAGCGUGGUGUGAGUAAAGUUGAAGUGAGUAUCUCCGAAGCUAAUCAGCAGUUUGCGUCUUAUGAGCGCAGUAUUUUAGCGUAA